UUCACAUGUCAAGCUUUUUUUUUACAUUUUUUUAAAUAAUUUAUACACAAUGUAAAGUCUGUUACUACUUUCAUCAUCAGCCGAUUCUCAUAAUUAACCUCGACACAUAAAACCUGGAUCACCUGUCUGCUGCUAAAAUUACAAUAUAUUGUCCCCUCAGGUAUGUGGGGGCCUGUCGGGUGACGUGCAGGGGGAGGAGAGUGAACCUCGCAGGGGCUGUCAGAGCACAGGAGCCGCGGGCAGCAGAGGUGAGCAAGAUGAAGACGGCUGUGGUACUCUUCCUCUGCCUGGUCCUGUUGACCAUCUACACAGAUGGCAAUCCUAUCAUCGACGAGAGCUUUGCUAAGCAACUUCUCCGCAGCAAGAGGCAGGAUCGUCCAGCAAAGGCUGGCUACCCUGAUGAGCCAAUGAGGGAGCAUCUUCUCCAAAUGCAGACUCUGGACCAGAGGGCCCAGGAGACCAACCUGGAGCACUGGAUGAACCCUCACUGCCCCCCGCGCUGUGACAGGAACUAUGGCUACCCCGUCUAAUGACAACCAAGAUGACCACAGUGCUGACAACAUUUACCCAACAGUGACAACUGACAUGUUAUGAUGAAAAUGAGGCGAGCCAGGAGACUUGUUAAAGGCUGUUACUCCCUCUCGCUCUGUUUCUCUCUCUCUCUGAAAACUCAAGGCCAUAACUGAAGACUGGUGAACCAAUGGCCAUGCAUAUUAGCUCAUUACAGCUAUUAAGAGUAGCCUUGACGCCAUUGCAUUAUAAAAUCAUGA